AUCUGUUUGUGUGCAACACAGGGGUGGAUCUUUUGUUAUCAGUGCCUAUUUAGCAGAUGCAGACACUGAGGCUCUUCUCAGUCAAUCAUGGGUGGUGUCAGAAAUCAAUCAUGGAGGUUGACAUGGUGUGUCAUCUUCAGCUGGAUGUGCGCGAGUUGGACAGAGGCAAGACCAAGUUACCUGGUGGGAAUUCCUGCAGUUCUGGAUGCUGGAGCUGAAACACAUUUCUGUGCAAGCCUGCUGCACCCCAACGAGACGCUGACAAUGACUGUCUUUUUGAACUCUAAAGAGCAAAAUAUCACCGUAUUCAAAGAUGCAUCCAGCAAAGACUUUCAUAAGUGCCUCAAGUUUAAGGUCCCUGUUCCUGAAAGCAAUGAUGAGGUGCAGCAUAUGGUUGUGGAGGUACGAGGUGCAACAUUUUAUUCAAGAGAGGUCAGAAAAGUCAUGAUCAAAGUGUACAAACCGACGACUUUCAUCCAAACCGACAAACCCAUCUACCUCCCAGGACAAACUGUGCAAUUCAGAGUUGUUUCCCUGGACACAAAGUUCAGACCAGUCUUUCAAAUGUACGACACCAUUGAAAUUCAGAAUCCUAGCAGCACCCGAAUUGGACAGUGGCUCAACAAAACAUCCAGCAGUAAAAUAUUGCAGCAGUCUUACUCCUUGAACUCUGAGGCACGGCAGGGAGUCUACCAAAUUAUUGUGUCAAUUGACGAAUUAAGAAUAUAUCACAGCUUCAAGGUUGAGAAAUAUGUUUUGCCCAAAUUUGAUGUGAAAAUAAAUGGACCCGACACAGUGACUAUUGUAAAGGAUGACUUCACCAUUGAAGUAUGUUCAAAGUACACAUAUGGACAGCCUGUGCCUGGUAGUGCCAAACUUAAGGUGUGUCGACCGAUCCAGUCGUAUCUUUAUUCCACUGACAACCCAGACGAGGCCCCUGUAGUUUCUCCUCCAUGCUACGAGGAUACAAAAAAGACAAAUAAGACUGGCUGCGUCACCUUCAUUAUGAAGUUAUCCACUUUCACAAAAAUUGACCAAAAGGCAGUACAAGAUGUACUGGAAGUCAAUGCUGAGCUGGAAGAAGAGGGCACAGGUAUUUCUCACUUUCAACACAAAGGAAUACAAAUUGUAUAUGUAAUUGGAACGCUGUCAUUUGAGGACACGCCUAAGAUUUAUGAGGAAGCGUCAAAACUGGAGGGAAAGGUUAAAGCAGUUCACUACAACAAUACUCCUAUUGGUAACAUGGACCUGUACCUGCUGGAGGGUGAAAUUUGGCCAGCACGUCUCCGACAGAACCUCACAACUGACCUAGAGGGCUUUGCUCGAUUCUCACUAAGCACUGCGCACCAUUCAGAGAAAAUUCACCUAUUCGUUAGUGCCUCACCAAACCUGGACUACGGAUAUAGAAUCCCAUUCUACAAGACUGGAGAGCACAUAGUUUCCCCGGUUCAAAAACCUUCUCUUGAUACAAAGACUGCCAGCUACCUUGUGUUGAAGAAUAAGGAUGUGCCAAUUCCUUGCGACAAAGAUGAAGACAUCACCAUCCAGUAUGCUGUAGCUGGAGAGUCUCAGGGGUUUGCCGAUCUUAUGUAUCUGGUCCUAGCCAGAGGAGCCAUCGUUUUUCAAGGAGCUAAACAGAUUGCUGUUGAAGAUAAAUCAGUGACUGAGGGCGAGGUGACUUUCCAGUUGAAAGUUUCUCCAGAGAUGGCACCAGAGGUCCAGAUAGUUGCAUAUGCUGUGCUUCCAAGUGCAACAGUGGUUGCCAACAGUGCACACUACACCACUGAGAAAUGCUUCAGUAACAAAGUGUCUCUGGAGUUUUGUCCAUCUUCAGCAGUCCCAGGCGAACAAACCACUUUGCAAGUGACGAGCCAGCCAAACGCUCUUUGUGGUGUGAGCGCUAUUGACCAGAGUGUCCUCAUUAAAGAGCCCGGAAAAACCUUAGAUGCAGAUAAGAUAUUUGGGUUGCUGCCUGUCACCAAAGCAACACAUAUUCCAUACAAAGUUGAAGACCCAGUGGAAUGUUUACGUGUCAGACCUAAAAGAUCUAUUUUGCCAUACCCUGGGCGUAACAUCGAUGAUCCUUAUACUGUUUUCCAGCGUAAUGGACUAAAGAUGGCAACAAAUUUGUAUAUCAGAGUGCCAUCAUGCCUGAAGUAUUUGGGAAGAGACUACCAUCACAGUCCCUAUGGUAUUGCUUUAAGAUAUGAAACCGUAGAUGCGAUGGAAGCUCCUCCUGCUUUUGGUAUUAGGAGAGGUGGUAUGGGCUCUGCCGCCCCAAUUCAGACAAUCCGCAAUUUCUUUCCAGAGACUUGGCUGUGGGACCUGGUGGAAGUCGGAAAUUCUGGCAUGAUGGAUGUGUCCCUAACUGCUCCUGACACCAUCACCACAUGGGAGACGGAGGCUUUCUGCCUGUCCUCUCAGGGUUUUGGCUUGGCCCCUCGUCAAAAGUUAACAGUCUUCCAGCCUUUCUUCCUAGAACUCACUCUUCCUUACUCCAUCAAACGUGGGGAACACUUUGAGCUGAAAGCCACCACCUUCAACUUCCUGUCCAAAUGCAUCAUGGUCAGUGUGAAUCCAACUCAUUCCUCGGAUUAUAUCCUCACCCCACUUUCUGGUGACCAGUACAGUACCUGCCUAUGUGGCAAUGAGCGCAAGACCUUCAGAUGGACUAUGGCCCCCUCAACAUUAGGGGUUGUCAAUGUGACUGUGGCUGCUGAAGCUGUGCCGUCCCAUGCUGCUUGUGAUAAUGAGAUUGUGAGUGUUCCAGAAAGAGGUCGUAUCGAUGUGGUCACACGACUUCUCAUUGUGAAGGCUGAGGGAACAGAGAUGACAAAGACUCACAAUUGGCUGUUCUGCCCUAAAGGAGGCAGUCUGAAGGAGGAAACUGAAAUAAUGCUCCCUGUGAAUGUGAUUAACGGCUCAGCACGUGGUCUAUUAUCUGUCCUGGGUGACAUUUUAGGCCGGGCUUUGAAGAACAUUGAUGGCCUGUUGAGGAUGCCCUAUGGCUGUGGGGAGCAGAACAUGGUGCUGUUCACCCCAAACGUUUACAUCCUGCAGUACCUCAAAGACACACAGCAGCUGACACCAGCUAUUGAGAAAAAGACUCUCCAGUUCCUGACCAGUGGCUACCAGAGACAACUUAACUACAUGCAUCCCAGUGGUGGAUAUAGCACUUUUGGAACUGGUGUGGAGAAUACUUGGUUGACUGCUUUUGUGAUGAGAUCAUUUGCCAAAGCAAAGGCUUUUAUUUACAUUGACCCUUCCAAUAUUGAAGAUUCCACGACUUGGCUGGAAAGCAAGCAAAAAGAAAAUGGUUGCUUCCAAAUUUCUGGAAAACUUUUUAAUAAGGGAAUAAAGGGUGGUGUUUCUGAUGAAGUGACUCUGAGCGCUUACAUCACUGCUGCCUUUUUGGAGAUGGGUAGAUCAGUUAAUGAUGCCACGGUGACCCAGAGCCUGGCUUGCUUGAAGGAGUCCAUCAAUGACCGCAGCAACACUUACACAACAGCUCUGCUGGCCUAUGUCUUUACCUUGGCUGAAGAUAAGGAGACCCGUGCUCAGCUUCUGCAGCACUUGGACAACAUUAAGAUACAAGAAGAUGGUUUCAUUCACUGGUCCCAGAAGUCAUCAGAGACCUCACAAUCUCUGUCUGUGGAGAUCACCUCCUAUGUGCUCCUGGCCAAACUUGGCAGCUCUCCGACCGUUGAAGACCUGGGUUAUGCCUCCGGCAUCGUCAGAUGGCUGACGACCCAACAGAACUAUUAUGGAGGCUUUGCUUCUACUCAGGACACUGUGGUGGCCCUUCAGGCUCUGUCUCUUUACUCCACUCUGGUAUUCAGUCCAGCGGGUUCCAGCACAGUGACUGUAUCAUCUCCCAGUGGCCAGAAGAUGUUUGACAUCAACCAGAAUAACAAACUGCUCUACCAGGAAGAGGUGCUGAAGGAUGUUAAAGGGAAGUACAAUGUGGAGGUGAAGGGGUCUGCAUGUGCUUCAGUGCAGCUGACUCUUCUCUACAACAUCCCAACACCCACUGAGGUCACUACUCUCAGUGUCACAGUGCAGACUGAGGCUAACUGCAGCAGCCCAUCUGGCAGACCUAAACUCAACUUGAAGCUGAAAUCGCUAUACAGUGGGAAGGAAAGCAGUACAAACAUGGUGAUCCUGGAAAUCAAUUUGCUGUCUGGGUUCCAAGUAGACCAAAAGUCUUUCCAGAAACUCAAAGGCGCUAUCCUGGUUGAUCGUGUUGAACAGAAGGAAGAUAGCGUGCUUGUGUAUUUGGAGGAGCUACCAAAGGACAUGGCAAUAAACCACAGCCUGGAGCUGAUACAGGAAAUCCCAGUGCAGGACCUGAAACCAGCUGUGGUCAAGAUCUAUGACUAUUACCAGCCAAGUGACCAGGCUGAGACGACUUACAAUUUUGAUUGUAAAACAGCUUGAAGCACAGCCAGUGUUGGGUUAAUCACUGAUUUGCUGUUAAAUGAGUCUGCUUUGAUUAAAAGCUAUGAAAACCACAAUGUCUUAACUUUAAAUCUUUAGCUGUGAAGUACAACUGAAAUAAAGCUAUCUAAAAGUGCAA